CGUUAAAUAGAAAGUACAGAGGAAAGUGGCUUGCUAACACAGCCGAUCGGGCUACAUUUUAGCUAGCUAGCUAACAUUAGUACGAGUGUAGCUCUUACUUCUGACGUUAUCCUGCAAAUAUUGUUUAUGCUAACUUAUCGACUUCCUUUAAUUUAUGCGUUGCUAUAUUGUGGAGUCAUAGGCUCACAACUAACGUUUAAAUGGGUAAUGAGACAACGCUAGCAUUAGCUGGCUGCCCGUAGGUUGCUUAAGAAACCAGCCAUGGCCAGCGAUAACUUAUUUAGCUCCCACUAGCCGACUAAGUUAGCAUUCCUGGUUACAGUUUGGCUAACUUGAAUCAUUUGAGUUUUUGUGUGACAGAGGUUGACAUUACUUCGUAGGAUUAUGGCACCUCGCAUACAGCUGGAGAAAGCGGCUUGGCGUUGGGUGGAAACUGUAAAACCAGAAGAAAUCGGGCAGGAGCAUAUCGAGCUAGCAUACCGAAUCAACCUCCCGGCCUGCAAAAGAGGCACCUGCAGGAGGAACUGCAAAGGAAAUCCCAAUUGCCUGGUGGGCAUUGGUGAACAGGCAUGGCUUGGAGAGAUUGAUGAAAAUGCUUUCCACAGUAUCGAUGAUCCAAAUUCAGAACGUCGAGACAAGAACACAUUUGUUGGGUUGACCAACCUUGGUGCAACAUGUUAUGUCAACACAUUCCUGCAAGUAUGGUUCCACAACUUGGAGCUGCGUAGGAGCCUCUAUCAGUGCCAAAAUUCCAGAGCAGAGGAACACAACACUGAGUCUGAUUACGAACCCCAGUCCAUCUGUGAGCAUCUACAGUAUCUUUUUGCGCUCCUGCAGAAUAGCAACAGAAAGUACAUCGACCCUUCAGGGCUGGUGAAAGCACUUGGUUUGGACACAGGGCAGCAACAGGAUGCCCAGGAGUUCUCAAAGCUUUUUUUGUCUCUGUUGGAGGAUACACUGUCCAAGCAGAAGAACCCCAACCUGCGGAAUGUCAUUCAGCAGCAGUUCUGUGGACAGUUCUCCUAUGUUACAAUGUGUAACCAGUGUGGACGAUCAUCUGCUCUUCCAUCCCGGUUCUAUGAGCUGGAGCUGAACAUCCAGGGCCACAAGAACCUCACUGAGUGUGUUACAGAGUUCUUAAAGGAGGAGAAGCUGGAAGGGGAGAAUCGCUACUUCUGUGAGAGCUGUCAGAGUAAGCAGAAUGCCACCCGAAGGAUCAGGCUGCACAGCCUUCCUCCAACCCUCAACCUGCAGCUCAUGCGCUUUGUCUUUGAUAGACAAACGGGCCACAAGAAGAAGCUCAAUUCUUUUAUCAGCUUUCCAGAACAGUUGGACAUGGGACCUUUCCUGGAAGGAAAGCAAGAUGAGAAGUGUGUUUAUGAACUGAGUGCAGUGCUGAUUCACCGGGGAAUCAGUGCCUACUCUGGCCACUACAUUGCCCAUGUGAAGGAUGCUCGUACUGGCGACUGGUACAAAUUCAAUGAUGAGGAAAUUGAAAAGAUGGAAGGCAAGAAGCUGCAGCUCGGUAUCGAAGAGGACAUUGCUGAGACAGUGAAAUCCCAGACACGAAAGCCAAAGUGCAGUAAAGGCUAUCACUGCUCCAGAAAUGCAUACAUGCUGGUGUAUAAGGUCCAGGAAGAGGAAAGCUCAGAUCCCUACAGGACCAAUGUUGAGGUGCCAGCCUUUCUUCAGAGGUUGGUAGACCAAGACAACCAUAAGUUUGAGGAAUGGUGCAGUGAGAUGGCCAACAUGAGAAAACAGAGCGUGGAUAAGGGCAAGGCCAAGCAUGAAGAGGUGAAGGAGCUCUACAAGCUUUUACCCGCAAGAGACGGGGAGCAGUAUGAGUUUAUCCCCCUGGACUGGCUGAAGAAGUGGCUUGAUGACUCCACUGCCACAAAAGAAAUUGACAGCUCCCUCUUCCUCUGUUGUCACGACAAACUGCAUCCAGACAAAGUGGGAGACACCAAGAGGGUUUCGCUGCAAGCUGCACAACUCCUUUACGAACGCUAUGGUGGAGGCCCAAGACUAGAUGGCUCAUCUUUGUGCAGAGAGUGUGUUAGCCAGCGUUGCAGAGUGCUACGGCUAAAGAACCAGCUCAACGAAGACUACAAGGAAAUCUCCAAUCUGGUGAAACGCACACUCAGUGGUGAGGUCUUCUGGGUAGGCAAAGCAUCUCUGCGGAGCUGGAGGCAAUUGGCUUUGGAACAGCUGGAGGAGGAUGAACAUGAAACCAAACACAGCAACAGCCAGACCAAUGGACAGGGACCACACUCCAACAACAGCAAAGAGUUCAGCUCAGAGCUUUCAGAGUGCACUGAGGACGAAAUGAAGACCUUUAAUGAAGACAUUGUCUGCAGUCACGGUGGUCUGAGUAUUCUGGAAACUGAACGAAAGUUGGUAUCGCCUGAAGUUUGGACCAAGCUGAGGGAAUACUUCCCCAAAGCCCCAGAAUUCACCCAAAACCAAGACCCCUGUCAGCAGUGCCUGACAUUGGAGCAGGAAGAAAAAGACAAUGAGGCAGUCAGUAAGAUGAUGGCCCUGGACCAGAAGAACCAAUUGCUUAACCUCUUCCAUGAGAAAAAUCGACCAACGCUCACCAAGUGGCCUCAGGGCACAGAUGUGCUUUAUAUAGUCCCCCUGUUUUUUGUAGAUGAAUGGAGAAAAUUUAUCAGGAGACCCACAAAAUCUUCCCCAGUGUCUAAUGUGAGCAACACUUUGCUACUCUGUCCCCAUGGAGGCUUCAUGUUCACCUACGACUCACUGAUUAAUGGAGAGGCACAACAUAUAGCUCUGCUGUGGCCAAACGAAUGGGAUGUGAUCAGUAGACUCUUCAUUGUGGACCAGCCAAUCUCCAUCCACUGCUUGAAACAGUCUACACCAAGUGGUUCCACUACCCAGUACACUACUCAGCCUGAUCUGUGUUGGGAAUGCAGAGAGAGCUUCCUUUUCCAGCAGCAGAGGGACCUCAGAGAGUAUGCCCAAGCUACCAUCUACAUCCGCAAAGUUAUUGAAGACAAGAGAAUGAUAAAGGAGGCAGUGCCAGACCUGAAUGCCAGCAGCUCUGAAGCAGAGGAGGAGAAGGAAGAACGUCCAAAACUGGAUGGAGAGAAAGACCCAGACUUCAGUCAGUCACAGGAUGGUGCAAAACGGCUGAAGUUGAGUGACAGCAGUGUAUCCUCAGCUGCUGCUGGUCCUGUGACCAACAUGGUUAAACCAGGUGGAAUCAGGAGAAGCACCCGGCACAGGAAACUCCGUGGGGAGAAAGCACUCAUCGUUUCAGCUAAUCAGACUCUAAAAGAACUGAAAAUACAAAUCAUGCACGCCUUCUCUGUGGCUCCAUUUGACCAGAAUCUCUUCAUUGAUGGAAAAAGCCUGACCGAUGAUUCAGCCACACUGGGAAGCCUGGGUGUCAUUCCAGAGAGCAUCAUCUGUCUAAAGGCUGAUGAGCCAAUAGCAGAUUAUGCUGCAAUGGAUGAUGUCUAUCAGGUGAGAAUGCCUGAAGAGGGAUUUAAAGGCACCGGCUUGCUUGGGCACUGAGAAAAGCUGUUGUGUAGCUGUGCUUGAACUGGAUGGGAUGACAGAUGGAAAUUUUUAAAAGCUUGAAUUUGUUGUGUCUAUAUUAAUAAGUGCUUUAUUUUUUUGUUUGGUUGGUUGUCUUUGUUUUUUUUUGUUUUGUUUUUUUACAUUUUGAGUAGGCUUUCUUUGAUAAAACUGUGACGAUUUUGCAAAGUUUCUUUACAUAAGGUUGUCUGGCCUUUGAUAUUUAAAGUUUCUAAAGAUACUGAAGGACUCUGUGGUAAGUGCUGCAGCCGGACACAAAGAACAGGUUGGAGAAGUUGAGUUCUAAUAUUAGUCAAGAAAAAUAACUUUCUUUUUGACACUUUUAAAUUAUGACAGAAGAAAAAUUUAUGAUGGUUUUUCUUUCCAUUAUGUAGAAACUUUACUUCUCACUGCAGAGUUUUCAGGUUUGCCAAAAGAAUGCACUAGUUACUGUAAUUAUUGCAAAUAUACCUGCUCAUAAAUGUUAGAACAUUUAUUACACACUCACAUCCAUAUAUAUAUAUAUAUAUAUAUAUAUAUAUAUAUAUAUAUAUAUAUAUACAUACACACACACACACUCCAUGUGACAUUUGCAGUUACAUAGCUACAAAGUAUGUAAAGAUGCAGGUUUAGGCAAGCCUCAUAUAUUGGAGAAAAGAAAUGGUGAGAAACAGAAUGCAAGCAGCGAUAUGUUCUCUUCUUUUCACUGUUAUUUCUUAUGAACAAUAAAGAUAUUUUCAAAGCACCCUGUC